UAGCAUCGCGUGUAUAACUGGUUGCAUAGUGAACCAUUUAUGGGCUAUUUUUAGCCCCCUUUGGCAGUCUUCCGCCAUGCCUCGUCGUCGUUACACACCCGAAACCGACCCUCGCGAGAAAAUCAAAGACUAUUUUCGCAAAUUCAUUGCAUUUAUGUGUUCGCAAGUGGGCGUGGGGGCUCUUGUCGUGUGUUACACUUUAAUCGGGGCUGUCGGCUUCAGUCGUCUCGAGUCGACUUUUAACGACACUUCCGUGACAAAAGUCGAUUUAAUUCGGGGGAAUUACACGCGUUUGUUGUGGUUAGUCGCACACAAAACGAAUGUUUUUAACAAAACUGAGUUUUUUAUCGCCACAAAUGAGAAACUCAAAUGUUUCCAAAAUGAAAUGGUUGUGGUGAUUAAAAAGGGGUACAAUGGGCACGAAAUGGGUAAAAUGUGGACGUUUCCAGCCGCUUUGAUGUUCGCUUUAAGUGUUAUAACAAUGAUCGGGUAUGGGAAUCUAGUCCCCCGGACCGGUUGGGGGAAAUUCGCGACUGUAGUUUACGCAGUGUUUGGGAUUCCCCUAUUUGUACUUUAUUUCCUCAAUGUGGGGGAAAUACUCGCCGGUUGUUUUAAAUGGAUUUAUACGAAAUUGUACGAGUGUAGUACCCGACGAGGUGAAAAAGUCCAUAAAAGGAUUGUGGUCCCCACUACGGCCUGUCUUUGGGUCAUGGGGGGCUAUAUUCUCACAGGGGCUAUAAUGUUCGCCGAAUGGGAACAUUGGACGUAUUUAGAUAGUGCGUAUUUUUGUGUCACUAGUCUUUGUAAAUUGGGUUUAGGGGAUUUUGUCCCGGGGACUGCCUCACAAAAUGGCAACGAAUCAAAACUUGUCAUUAAUUUUAUUUAUAUUUUGGUGGGGAUGGGGUUGGUAGCAAUGUGUUUUAAUUUAAUGAGAGAGGAAGUUAGAGUGAAAGUUGAGGAGUUUCGAGAGGAUUUUAGACAGUGUUUGGAGGAUACGAGAGUGAGGAUUGAGGAGUGCUGUCGGAAGUAUAGACAUAGGGACCAGUUUUAGUGUUUUUUGUUUUGUUGUGUUUUUGGUGUUUUUUUUUUUUUUAUUUUUAUUUGGGCUUUGGGAGUGAGAAAAAUCCGGCCGAGGUUCCGUGGCUAUGAGAUAUCUCAGUGUGAAUGGAUACGAAAAUAGAACAAAUGACGUCAUUUACACUCAACCGCUUCAAAAAACUGGGAUCAAAAGUGCUGUGAUUUACUUCGGGGGCGAUAUUCAGGAUUUCACCGAAAAUAUGGAAACCCAUCGAGAUAAUAAAAACUACCUCGAAUGGAGUUUAGAUAAAACGAGUCAAAUACUCCAAAAUGCAUUUCCCGACUCACAUAUUAUUUUAAUUCGUCCAUCGAGGUAUUUUACCCCCGAUUUGUGACACUUUUUGAUGAACUUUUAUCAGGAUGGAGUACAAGACGUUCAGUUGUUUCGAAAAUUUCACUCCUUGUGAGAAUUGUGGGGUUCCCCGAAACACUGCGAUGCAUCAUGCGAUUGACCAUCUCGAGAAAUUAAUCGAAAAUUUGGAAAAAAACACUCAUGACACUUU